AUGGGAAAGCGACUGCAUCUUCCGGACUACCAGCUAAACGUUGCUCAGUCGAAUACCGAGACAGAGGACCUCCCAGAACAAGCUACCGAGCUUGUGCGUCGUCUUCACUCCUUCAUGUCCAAGAGGGAAUUGGAGGAAAAAUGGGCUUUUGUGACGAUUGCUACAGGCACUGAAGAGGCUACCGAGCUUGUGCGUCGUCUUCACUCCUUCAUGUCCAAGAGGGAAUUGGAGGAAAAAUGGGCUUUUGUGACGAUUGCUACAGGCACUGAAGAGUUCUGCAAUCACUGCGACACUCCUAAUCACUCUUCCAUUCGACGUGCACUGGGCAUUCUUCGCAAAGGCAUUCCUAAAGCUUUCGUCGUUCUUCUCGGGCCAGUACACGUCGCUUCAUCCUACGAGCUGCAUAUAAAUCUUCUCAGGUCCUCUUACUAA